AUGGUGAGCAAGGCAGAGGGUGGUAAAUGCAUGCUCACCAACUCCGAGUCGGACUCCGAGGCGGCGCCCCCCCCCUCCCCGUCCGCCUCGCUGGCCCUGGAGGUCAAAUACUCCUUCCUGGACACCAGCAGCAGGUCACAGCAGCAGGUGUGUGUGUGCAUGGGUGUGUGUGUGUGUGCAUAGGUGUGUGUGUGUGUGUGUGUGUGUGUGUGUGUGUGUGUGUGUGUGUGUGUGUGUGUGUGCGCGCAUGGGUGUGUGGGGGGGGGGGGUUGCAUGGGUGUGUGUGCGUGCGUGCGUGCGUGCAUGCGUGCGUGUGUGUGUGUGUGUGUGUGUGUGUGUGUGUGGGGUGUCUGGGUGAUUUAGAAUAACUAUAAUAACAAGACCGCAAAAGAGGAAUGUUGAAUGAAAAUGUGACAAUAAAGUUGCGUUGUAGGUAAGGAAGAGGAACAAGGCCCUCCAGGUGAGGUUCAAGGACAUCUGUGAUGCGCAGAAGGAGCAGAGAGAGGCCGCUCUACAGACGGCUGGGAAGGGGGGCAAGCCUGUCUCCUACAAGGUCUGUAACCAACUGGGCUUUUGGUUUUGGAACAUAUAUUCAUGUACUAUUGUACUAUGACCGUUGAUUAUAAGCAAACACGGUCCUAGGGACUACAAGGGGUGGUUUAAAAAAAAUAAUGUUUAUCAUGAUAUAAGUAUUUGAAUCAGCUGUGAAGUACUACGUCAAAAAAAUUAAUUGCACCCCUUGAGGUCCCCAGGACCGAGUUUGGGAGACCCUGGUUUAUAGUGUCUCAAAACUCUGAGUGGUCCUCGAUGUUGUUUUUACUUUGUAAUGUGUUGUGUUGAAAGAGUAACACUUUACCAAAAACUCUAAACCCUCUUCUAAAGGUGGCAUACCGCAAGUACAUGACGGUGCCCGCCCGGCGUUCUAUCCCCAACGUCACCAAGAGCACGGGCGUCCAGACCUCCCCGGACCCCAAGGGCCGUUACAAGACGUUCCCCUUGGAGAGGAAGAAGCGUUCCAGCCACACCGUUAAGCAUGUGGCGGUGGUGGAGAGCCACCAGGGACACAACAACAGCUCGGUCCUCCACGUCAAGCACCCGAAAGCUGUGGAGGGUUCAGGGGACGGGGACGGGGAGGAGGGCGCCUGCGGUGGAGGGGGAGUGCAGAGUACCAGGGCCCUGUUGCAUACUACAGAGUGCAAGGCUACUGUGGAGCAGCACUGUUCGGACGGACCAGAUGGCGUGCUCUACUCCGACUCUCUGAUGCUCACAGAGUGCCUCCCUACCUCCAACCCACGGGCCACGGACUACCAGAUCUGCAGCGUCAAAUCCAAACCCCGGAAAGGAUUGGAACACAGGGAACUGGACUCCUCGGACAGUUGCUCGGACCGUUCGGCCAGUAAACGGCAGCUGCUCAACUUCCAGGAGGAGCCAGGCUCUAGCAGGACUCUGCCGGGGGACAGGAGGGGGUCCUCCCCAGCCUCUAAGGUGACCGGCCCCAUCGCCUGGAACUCUCUGACCCAGGUGGAGUGUCUGGAGAGCCCGACAGCACGGAGCAAACGAAAGAAGGGGCUACCGCUCAACGGACUACAGUCUCAGACUCUACCGCGGGCUGCUGGGUGGACUACCCAGGCACAGUGCCAUGAACCAGCACCGUUCUCACCACAGACGCUGUCACCCCGGACCAUGGGGGAGACGGUGGGCUGUGGGGGUAGCAGGGUUGAACCAGCGACUGUAGCGACUGCGGGGGGAGUUAACCCCGGGGAGGCCUGUAAGCAGAUAGUACCGGUAGUGACUCGGGGGGGUGGAGGUGGGGAUGUGAAAGCACAGCUCCAGGCCAUGGAGAACCUGGCGACUCAGGGAGGGGGUGGAGGUGGGGAUGUGAAAGCACAGCUCCAGGCCAUGGAGAACCUGAUCUCCUCCAGCCAAGAGACCAUCAAGGUACUACUGGGAGUCAUCCAGGAGCUGGAGAAGGGAGAGGCCCACAGAGAGGGGUAA